ACCCUCGUAGCCAAUUGGAGAGAGAUAAGGAUAGGACAAGGAAGCUGACAGCAUAAAAUACCCACUGCUGGAGCAGCACCUUGGUGUGUGUGGGCAAGCACAUUUUUUUUUUUUUUUUGGAGUUGGAAAGGCACAACUGCUAGCACUGACAACAACACUUCACCCACCUGUGUACAGAAGCACUGCUACUGUACCUACCCACCUAAAGUCAUCUGAGAGAAGAACGAGCGAGAGAGAGAGACAACACACCCAUUGAACACAGGCCUGGUCGGACUCCAUUCCACAGCUCUGCUCUGGACCAUGGUCCGUCAUACCACCUGUAUCAUGAGCAUCCCUUCCACUGCCAGCAUUGAGAGCCAGCUGCCCACAACAUGGAGCUCCUACCCCUGCCCAGACAUUUCCACAGUGAUGCCCGGUUACACCAGUCGCAUGUGGUCCCAGGACUACAAGCCUCAGUAUUGGUCAAAGUACCUGGUGUGGCAGUGGCUGCAGCAGAUGGUGGACAUGCACCAGAUUGACGCUGCCAGCAUCCACUUCCAGAACUUUGACGUGGACGGCCAUCAACUGUGCAGCAUGACCUACCAGGACUUCACACGGGCCGCGGGCACCGUGGGGCCUAUCCUCUACCAAAGCCUCAACGAGCUCAAAUGGAGGGGACAGUAUCCUGGAGUGGAGUUUAACCCACUGGACAUGAUCAAAUCAGAGCCAGAUGAUUUCCCUUGUCCAUUCCCAGAUCCUAGCAUAUAUCCUGCAGACAUUUUUGAUCCCUCAUGUCAAUGUCUCGCACCUGUGGCAUCACCCACUACCUCAACUCCAGACAGUCGCCCUCAUCAGAUCAAAAAACACAACCCCCGGGGGACCCACCUGUGGGAGUUCAUUAGGGACAUUCUGCUGAACCCAGAGCGGAACUCAGGCCUGCUCAAGUGGGAGGACCGGACAGAUGGCGUGUUCCGUUUCCUCAAGUCAGAGGCUGUUGCUCAGCUGUGGGGCAAGAAGAAGAACAACAGCAGCAUGACCUACGAGAAGCUCAGCCGAGCUAUGAGAUAUUACUACAAACGGGAAAUCCUGGAACACGUGGAUGGCCGAAGGCUGGUCUACAAGUUUGGGAAAAAUGCACAAGGAUGGAGGGAGUCAGAAAAGUAAAAGAGUCUGGAGGACACCUCUCCACUAUUUUGUGCCUUUUUUUUGCCUGUCUAUUUAUGUUUGUUUUUUAUUUUAAUGUGUCACUGUGAUGUUUUACUAUGUCGUUGUUUUACAAAGAGGAGCAGAAUGCCUUGUUGCAACUCUUGACAUUUGAUGGAGUUUUUGUAUGAUAUGUUUACAUUUGGUUAAGCAAGACUACAUUUUACAUUUAAUUGCUUACCCAGCUAGCACAUAAAUGUUCUGAGAACCAAAUGUUUCUUAGAGCUUGGUGACAGCGGGGUUGUCAUAUGGUUAUUUUGCAUACAACCUUCCUACAACUUUCUGGGAAUGGUGCAUGAUAGUUGCUUGACUGUGGAACAUUUAAGGAACUUGAUUUUUUUUUUUAUAAUCUUGGUAUUUCAUUACUUUAACUGAAUGUUUCAUAAAAGUUCAAACAUGGUUGGAUUUAAUGUCAAUUUUGGUGAUGUUCUAGGAAUGUUCUCCAACUAGUUUGACAUUGGGAAUGUUCUCAAAUAGUUCAGAGAAUAUUAAGAUACAACAGUCUUCUGUGGGAUUUUCAGUACUUCAGCAUAAUGUUUUCUGCAGGUUUCCUCAUGGUUAUUUUUAAAGUCAUGUUCUCAGAAAGUUAAGAUAAUGUUCCAUAAAAACCACAAGAACAUUAGUAACAUUAAAAUAACUUUCUAAGAAUGUUAUUUAAAAACAUUUCAUUCUUAGCAUCAACAAAACUCUUUAUCCUCUAUCUUGUUAAGUGUGUUCAGGUGUGUUGGCCUCACCCACUUAUUGGUCACACCUGAUCUUUAUUAAUGCUUGUUUCCUUUCAAAUGGGGUCUGUUUGAAUAGACUAAAAUGAACAUGGUAUGCUAGCUCCAUCCUGGUUGCGCAGUGGAGUAAUUCCAUGGAUAGAGAACCGAAGACUAUAGGUACUGAAUUUCACUGACGUUGUGCCACAACAAAAAAAUACAUGUGUUUGCAAAUUCAUUUCUGUGUCCUAUCUAGGGUUGCAAAGGGAGGGUAUUUUACUGGAAACUUUCAAUUAUGUAAUCUACCACAAGAUACUGUAUCGACUGGUCUUUUGGGGGUAUUUCAUAAUAUCACCGGUGUCUGUAAUUCUCUCUGUCCUGUUUUCUGGCCUUAUCACAUGGAAAAUAUAUGAAAUAAUUAAAUACAAUUAUUUAAAAAUAAAAUGAAUGAGAAAGCUGUAAAAUAUCAUCCUAAAUAUAAACCAUCCAACUUAGUGAAUACCAUUGGUGCAUUUUUAUUUAUUUUACUACGUCAACAUGUAUUUUUUCGUGAAUGUUUUUGCCUCAAACUGGUGAAAGUUGUGAUUAAAUGUUGAUUAGAUGCUUUUUGAUAAGAUGCUUGUUGAUUAGAUGCUUUUCUAGGCUAUUUUCUCUUCACCCAUAUGGUCUAUCUAUUAGAAACUUAUGGACAAUAUGGACACAGAUAUAUAAAUGAACACUAUAUAUGAACAUAUCUUUUUUAAGAUAUUCAAGUAUAAAUUACCAAAGUUACGAUAGAUUGCAAUAGAUUUUCUGUUAAUUACCAAAAUUAAUGAAGAUUUCUGAAACUUUGGUACCGAUAGGACUAGGUUUGCAAAGCAUUCUGUGCUUGGAGUUCAAAACAGUUAACCCAAACUGUUAUUAAAAUUAUUUUUAAGAAAGUAACCUUUACAUUUUGUUCAAAACAUUCAGAGAAUGUUCUCAGAACUUUAUUUAAUCACCUUCAAAUAACCAACCGUUUCCGUUCUCAGAACAUAGAAAAAACAGCAAGUAUUUCAGGGAAUCAUAGUAAAACAUUCUCAGAACCUCCCUGAAACCCCAAAAAAUGUACCUAAUUUACCAUUCCCUGAAUAGGCAAAAUUUUCACUUUCGUUCUCGGAACAUUUAAAAAAUGUUCCGUUUUACUGCCACAGAAUUCUAUGGAAUGUUAUUUAAGUGUUAGCCAUUGAUGCCAUUAAUGCUAGUUAGUCCUACUGUAUGGCAUUGUUCCUAGAAGCAAUGGUAAACCAAAAAAGUAAGUUCCCACAACUUCCAUUUGAACCAAAUUGUGAUGAGUACUUGCAAUGAUGAGUGUUUGCAGUACUGGGUACUUGAUGAGUAUUUGCACUGAACUACUGUAGAUGCAUUCCCCAUGCAUCUGUGCAGUAAAAGGGAAGGACAUUGCACUUUUAAAUAUUUCCGGCUUGUUGUACAUAUUUAAACUGUGUAAUGUUCUUUCCAAAGUAUGUUUGAUUGAUGUGUUAUACAAUGCAUUCAGAAAGUAUACAAACCCUUUGACUUUUACACAUUGUUACGUUAGACUAAUUCCAAAAUGGAUUAAAAAAAUAACAAGCUCUCAUUAAACUACACACAAUACCCCAUCAUGACAAAGUGAAAACAGGUUAUACAUUUUUGCAAAUAUAUUAAAUAAAAAUAUGAAAUACCUUA